AUGCGACCCCUUAUAGACGAUGCAAAACGGCGGGUGGAUCGUAGACUCAGCUCAAGCAGAAAGUCGAUGACCACCAGCCGCAUGCUUCCCAAUACCCUGCCUGAGCGACUCAAGGACGACCACGAUGACGAUCAGGUUGAUUUCAGUGCCCCGCCCGGCGGUGUUGGGCCUCGAGAUGGCCAUUUCCAGUACAUGCAACAGUCGAUAUUCUCUAUGAUUGCAGCAGUUGGCUCCAGAUCCGACUUCCACGCGCGCUUUGACGAAUCGAGUGAGAGUGAUGGAGAAACAGAGGAUAAUACACAAAGAGAAUCAUCAAAGGGGGGUAAGGGGUCUGCGCGAGCGGAGAAGAAAUUGGAAAGCAGCUCGGAAGAACGAGGCCGUCGUCAUCAUCGGACCAUAUCAGAUCACAAGUUCCUGCGGCCGCUCCCAAAAUUUGGCUUCAAGAAUGGUCAAGGUGCUAAGUCGACCAUCCAGACGAGACCAUCGGCAAACGAUGAAUUACUGCAGGCCACUCCUUCCAGACGGCCUCGAAGUCUGACACCCCGGGCAGCUCCCGUGCUCAGUCGAAUGGUUGAAGCGCGUGCUCAGUUUGAUACUAAGGAAACUCCAAAAGAGGAUUCUUCACCUUCGACAGAAGAAGAGAGUACCGACAAGGAAUCCCAACAAGAAUCCGCACCAGCCCUUUCAACUAGACUGAUGGAAAUGUUUGGCUUUGACAAGCCGGAGAAGGUCCUCGUCGAAUACGCUUGCUCCCUACUACAGAGUAUGCUUUUGCAGGGCUAUAUGUAUAUCACGGAGGGGCAUAUCUGCUUCUACGCCUAUCUUCCCAAGAAGUCCACUGUGGCUAUCAAGUCUGGGUAUCUCCACAAACGUGGUCGAAAGAACCCAAAGUACAACCGCUAUUGGUUCUCGCUGAAAGGUGAUGUUCUUUCUUACUAUGCGGAUCAAUCGAACCUAUACUUUCCCAGCGGCCAUGUCGAUCUGCGGUACGGGAUAUCUGCGUCACUAGCCGAGCAAAAGGACAAAACCAAAGAAGUUCGAGACUUUCAAGUCACCACGGAUCAGCGGACAUACCUUUUUCGAGCGGAUAGCUCUGCGAGCGCAAAAGAAUGGGUUAAGGCUUUACAAAAGGUUAUCUUUCGAACUCACAAUGAGGGUGACAGCGUCAAGAUAUCCUUCCCCAUCGAUAAUAUAAUAGACAUAGAGGAAAGUCCUAUGGUUGAUUUUUCAGAAACAUUCAAGAUUCGCGUGAUGGAGAGUGGCGAGACCUUUGCGAUUGACGAGUACUUCUUCUCAUUCUUUAACUCUGGUCAAGACGCCUUCAACUUCUUGAAAGGCCUCAUCAACGAUAUGCCUACACAGCGCUCUUCCCAGACUUUAUCUUCUAAGCCAGAUACGGCUCACUCUGGUCGCACUCGAGACGCACGGAAUAGGUGGUCAAUCACCAGUGGCCUGAGUCGACUUCGAGACAGUGAAACCAGUACCAAUCGAAGGAGAAGCGCCAGUGCAAGCAACCUGAGCCUUGGACACGACAUGAUUCGCAAAUCCCCACCUCCAAGGCAUCAGGACUCGGAUUCAUUUGUAAACUCUCUUGAGCAAGGAACCGAGUCCUCGGCUGCAUGGCAGUCGAUGACAGAAACUACCGAAUCUGCUAGCCAAAUCCUAAACCGAAGCGAUGUAUUUCAGUCCCCCACCAUUCAUACUUUGCGAAGGCGACCUUCUGAAAGUGAGGGCACUGGCCGCCGAUAUUCGGAUGAUACAGCUCGGUCUAUGACGACUAGGGAUAUCGUGAAAAAUGGCCAACAAGAUACAGAGUACCCCAUCAGCGAGUCUGAUCAUGAUGCCCAAGACAGUUCCAAAGUCUACUCGUCUGGACCGACCCUGAAUGAGAUUGUUAAAGCGGGCGCCUAUCCUCUCCAGCGUGCCGCUGGCCUCGCAGGAUAUCUGACGAGCCGAUCGAGAAAGAUGAGCAGCCUUCUGGCAACUGAGUCAAUGGGUUAUAUUGAAAAGGUCUCUGGAAUGUGGGCUGGUGGCCGAAGGCAUUACGGGGAGACCGAAGGUAUACUGUCAGAGGAUCAGGACGUUGACCCUGAAGACAAAGAAGAUGGCUGCAAUUAUGGCGAUCGUUUCCGCGCUCACUUUGCCUUGCCACCUACGGAGAAACUUCAGGCUACCUAUUACGCACACUUGCAUCGUGUGCUUCCGCUUUACGGAAAGAUCUAUGUCAGUCAACGAAAACUGUGUUUCCGCAGUCUCAUCCCAGGGACUCGUACAAAGAUGAUUCUCCCACUCAAGGACAUUGAAAAUGUGGACAAAGAAAAAGGCUUCAGGUUUGGCUACCAUGGACUCGUUGUCAUAAUCCGGGGCCACGAGGAGUUGUUCUUCGAGUUCAAUAUGUCUGAUGCCCGAGAUGAUUGUGCCGUUACACUGCACCAAAACCUCGAAUCCAUGAAGUUUCUGGUCGAAUCUGGCAUGCUCACGGAACAAGGGAAAGAUGACUCCGAAGCAGCUCAAGCAGAGCACCGCAUGCUGCAGGAAGCCCGACAGGGUGACGAGAACGAUACAGAACUUAACGAGUCGUCUGAGAUCCACCCUAUUUUCGAUGAUCCUCGCGCUUCAAUUAUCAACUUCAAACCCACGGAGUCAAUGAGGAUUACCUGUCUUACAAUCGGUUCUCGAGGAGAUGUGCAGCCGUACAUUGCUCUAUGCAAGGGACUGAUUGCAGAAGGCCAUAGACCCAAAAUCGCCACACACGCAGAGUUUGGGCCUUGGGUGAGAAAGCACGGUAUUGAUUUCGCACCGGUGGAUGGUGAUCCUGCAGAACUGAUGCGGAUCUGCGUGGAAAAUGGGAUGUUCACAUACUCCUUCCUCAAGGAAGCAUCUCUGAAAUUUCGAGGCUGGAUCGACGAUCUUUUGUCCUCUGCAUGGCGAAGCUGCCAGGACAGCGAUCUUUUGAUUGAAUCUCCCAGUGCAAUGGCGGGCAUUCACAUCGCCGAGGCACUCAGAAUCCCCUACUUCCGUGGCUUCACAAUGCCAUGGUCAAGAACGCGGGCAUACCCCCAUGCUUUUGCCGUUCCAGAGCAUAAAAUGGGUGGUGCCUAUAACUACAUCACAUACGUUAUGUUUGACAAUGUCUUCUGGAAGGCAAUUGCAGGGCAAGUAAACCGAUGGAGAAAGAAUGAACUUGGAUUGAAGGCGACCACGUUGGAUAAGAUGCAACCGAAUAAGGUUCCAUUCUUGUACAACUAUUCACCAUCAGUGGUUCCCCCGCCCCUAGACUACCCGGACUGGAUCCGGAUUACUGGCUACUGGUUCCUCAGUGAGGGAUCGGAUUGGACACCCCCAGCAGAGCUGGCCAACUUUAUCAAGCGUGCUCGAGAGGAUGGGAAGAAGAUCGUGUACAUUGGAUUUGGUUCUAUCGUUGUGUCAGACCCAUCCGCUUUGACAAGGACAGUAGUGGAGUCUGUCCAGAAAGCCGACGUUCGCUGUAUUCUCUCCAAAGGCUGGUCGGAUCGUCUUGGUGAUCCCGCCAGUACUAAGACGGAGAUUCCGUUACCACCUGAAAUCAUUCAGAUUCAAUCUGCGCCGCACGACUGGUUGUUCUCUCAAAUCGACGCUGCAGCCCACCAUGGGGGAGCUGGAACCACCGGAGCAAGCUUACGUGCAGGGGUACCAACCAUCAUCAAGCCUUUCUUCGGUGACCAGUUCUUCUUUGGAACUCGGGUUGAAGAUUUGGGGGUAGGGAUUUGCAUGAAAAAGCUCAACGUGAGCGUAUUCUCGCGGGCACUCUGGGAGGCUACUCAUAGCCAACGAAUGAUCACGAAGGCCCAUGAGCUGGGCGAACAGAUCCGGAAUGAAGAUGGUGUGGGAACUGCAAUCCAGGCGAUUUACCGUGACCUUGAAUAUGCCAAAACGCUCGCCCGACAGCGUUCGAUUGCCUCUUCAACGCCAUUCUCACCGACACCCUCGGCCAAAGUUUCCGGUGGCCAAGAGCCCGAUGAUGACGAUAUUGAGGAGUGGACCUUUGUGGGUGACGAUACCGAUAUUGACAUUUCCAAGCGUGUGCGAAGCAGAGCGGUAUCUGAAGUUGAUAUGAUACCUGAUCGAAAGUCUGGUUCUCCCGAAUCUGGGCUAGGGAUUGAAUCGGUUCGCCGUUAG